AGUGAAUGCGAGAACUUCCUCAUGCGAGAGUUUAGUUCUGUGCCACCACUUCUUGAACAUGGAUGACUUCUGUCGCGCUGGGUGAGAUAGUGGUGGAGCAGUAGCCAAAGGUGGGUGGACAGGAAAUUGCGUGAAUCGUGUGAAUUUAGUGCGACGGAAGUGGGACGUCGUUAGUGCGCGCCAAAAUAAAUUUUCUUCGUCUUCAUGAGAUUUCCGAGACUUCCCAUCUCCCUGGUGUUCCUCGCAGUGGGAUGGUGGUUAAGUACAAACCACCCCGUGGUGGCGGAAGAGAACACUGUCCACCUCUUCAGGACAGUGGAGAGUUGCAAGGGGGAUGAGUAUUUUAAUGUGAAUUACCUCAAGUGCAAGAAAUGUGAAAGUGAAUUGAAUUUGGUGCCAUCAAAGGAUCGCCUAACAUGCGAAUGCCACCCGCGAGAGACGGAGCGCAUUGAGUACGACAGUGUCCUUCAGCAAUCGAUUUGCGAUCGGAAGUGCAGGAAAUCGACCAAUGAGACGUGCGCCAAUGCUGCCCCAUCGUGUGGCCUUCACUAUGUCAAUCAGACCAAUUUGAGCCACCAAGCGAGGCACAUACAAAUCCCCGGGCCAUUCAACACACCACCAAAUUGCACCUGCAACUACAAACACUCAUCCCUCUAUCGCAACACCUUCUGCAUACCCAAUCACCUGCUGAAGGAUUACACAAACUACGGGCAUUUCAGGCUGGGCAAUGUGGCCGAAGACCUCAUGUACCUCACCUUUUUCUGCCACACACUCAAACGGUGGCGUGAGUGCAACCAUUUGGCCAAUCUCUGUGCCCUCUCACUGUACAGCCUCGAACGACCAUCGGCUUGCUUUAGCUUCUUCGCCACACAAACAUCCGACAUUGCAUCCACGAAUGAUGGUACCGAGAAGACAAUGCCAUUUAUUUUCUACCGUCGUGGACGCAGCUCAAUUGAGGAACUCGAUAAGACGCAGGAUUUUUCCUUUGACAUCCACCAAGGGGAAACCACGGUGAACUUUACAGCCCUCCGUUUCACCCUCGAUGGGCAGCUGAUGGAGUACCGUUCAGUCAGUUUAGUUCAUGAGCUCAAUCUCUGCCCUACAUCUCGCAGAGAAGUUCUCUUUGGACGCUCCUUCUCACUUUCGUGCCAACUCCCCCUGGUAGAUCUUAUCAAGGAUAGUCGUCGUGCCAAGCUGACCUUUACGAAUCUCUUUGUGAACUACGUGGAGAAGAAAAUGCCCCUGAUUCGUAGUGUUCCAGUCCUCAUAAGAAAUUCCCCGGCAUCCAAUAUGAAUGAUAAUCCAGAGGCAUGGCAGUUGGUAAGGAGAUUCUUCACCGUUGACCUGGUUAGUGGCCUCCGUAGUGGCUACAUUGACAAAAUGUACGAGGAGGAUAAAUUGCAGGAGAAAUUUGACUACAUCCGCUACCUUACGGAUGUGGAAAUGAGAUUUAGGGUGAAGGCGGACAAUAAACUCUCCACGCCUCUUCUUAUUCUCAAGUACGGUGAAUACAAUACUAGUCAGAAGAUCUCUCAACCCACCAUUGAUUUCCAUUUCUCCGUCACCUUCUUCCGGGAGUAUGAAUUUGAGUCUCUCCUGGAAAUUCUUCUGCCCAUCUUCAUCCUUUUGGCCUUUGUCUUGGCCAUCUUUGAGGCAAUUGCCUACAAGACGCGUCAGCACAAAUUAAUCUACGAUCUCGAUGUCUUCUGUAAAUUUAUGGUGUUCCUCAUGUCUAAAAUUGCAACAGCUCUCUUUGCCAUUGUCUUCAUCAUCUCCAUCUACAUCCACUUCACGUACAAGACGCAGAAGCAGAUUCGGUUGCUUCUACCACUUCCCGUUGAGAAGCUCCUGAUUAUCCUCACGGGGAUCGCCUUAGUGCUAAAGGGUACAAAGCUAGCGCAGCAUUUGUGGCAAAUUGCUCACAUUGACAUCUUCUUCAUUGACUGGGAACGUCCGAGGAUCUUUGAGAAUCGCAAUCAACUGGAUACACCAUCUGUUUGCAGUGGUUCAGUUACAGCACGACUCGGGGCCCCGUGUGAGAGUAUUUCAGCAUGGAGGAGCUACUUUGUGGCCAAUGUGUGGCAGGAGUUGACCACCACACGAAAGAUCUCAAUGUUCCUCCAUCUGGGAGGAUUAAUUUGGAUUCUCUUCCUGGUCAGAAUGGAAAAUUUUGCUUCGACAAACUUCUUCUUCCACCUUUGGCCAACGGAAGAUCCACCCGAUGGGAUUCUCAUACUCUCAACGGGCAUCUUAGCCUACAUCUUCACGUACAUUGUCCAAAGGAUCUUUAGCUAUGUCAUUUGGGAGAGGUACUUUAAGAAUCCCAUCCAGCAGUUUAUCGACGUGUGCUGCAUUGCAAAUGUUUCCGUCUUCAUCCUACGGCUUGAAUCGUAUGGCUACUACAUCCACGGGAGGUCACCUCAUGGUUUCUCAGACACAGACAUUUGCUCAAUGAUCCUUCAGUUCCGUCAGGAAGAGCGAGGACAACGAGGUCUAACUCCUGGUUCCGAAUUGCAGACCUACUCGCUAUUAGCUCCGAAGAAUUUAAGGAUCUUCUACGAUCGACUCAUACUUCCUCUGCAGCAUCCACCACAGAUUAAUGAGUACGUAACAAAGGGGUAUGAAGGGAAUUUUGAGAGAACAAUUCUCACCUACUACAGCAUUAAUCGCUUCUUUGGGGCCUUUAUUGAUCAUGCUCUGAAAGAUCUCGAUUACAUUGUCAAAGAGAAGACAAUCCUAGAAAAGCUUCUCAGUUGCGAAUUUGAGGCCAUCCUGUCGGACAAUAAAGGGAUUUUCUAUGUAGACAACAGCCAUUCCUUUGACGAAGUUCUCUUCUACGGCAGUGAAUCCCUUUUCUUCCAAUUUGAACUUAUUCUCUUCACAUUUAUCAUUGGAACGUCUCACAAUUAUCUCCUAGCCAUCAUCAUCGUAGGAAUUGUCUACAAGCUUCUGAAAAUCCUCAUGGAUUCAACGACAAAGCACAAUUUGGCGAAAAAAACUCUAAUCGACAAGAGAUUUCUUAUGUAAAAGCAAUCAGAUAUACCCUCCCUUUCUGCACAAAUAAUAAUGUAAAGGUUCGUGAGGGAAGUAUUUUACCUGAUUUCCAUAUUUUUCUUCAAAUAAAAUAAACUCUAUUUUUCCUAAAAAAAAA